CAGACAAGGAAGUAGCAGGCGGGAUAUCUGGGAAACGAGACCUCUUUCUAAGCGGGGAGGUCCUGGCCACGCUUUCCUUUGACUUUGCCAAAUUUUAUUUUGCUUCCUGAAGUGACAGUCAUUUGUUUACUCAGAUGCCCCUUACGUAGGUCCAGAGUAGGAACUUUUCAUCCGAUUCUCACUACACACCCUAUAUUUUUCUUUCCCAGGGUCGAUUUUCAUAGGUUAUGGGUCAUGUUAAAGGGACACCAACGUUGUACCGCUCGGUGGCUGGUGGUGGCUUGGAGGUCGUAUUUAGGGUAAUUCUCUAAUGAAAGCACAUACAUUAGAACUGGAUUUGUUCCUCUCUGCCUUUAUUUUGGGAAACUUUGCCUGGUCCCUAUGGGGGCAGGGAGAAGGAUGUGAGAAGCUGAAACUGACCCAGAAAAGGAAGAUUGAAGGUAGUUGCAUUAAGUGGUGCUGCUGAAAAGAUCCUGAGCUGAACUUUCUGAAAGGGGGACUGGUUAUAAGCACCGGAGGUUUUAACUUUCUCAUAAGAAACUUACAGUAGAUUUUACGUCUUGUCACUGUGCAGGGGUGGGGCUGCUUUUGGGAGUCAACUUUUUCUUUUAAAAACAAUAAAUUCAAUAUCUGAAAUGUUUCCAUUAAAUACAUAAAUGAUUCUCCCCUCUUCCGCUUUCUCUCUCUCUCCCAUCUCCUCUCCCACAGGGACUCUCCAUGAGUGUUUACUGAGCCCCUUUGAGGAUGAGGGUGACUCAGUUUGACUAACCUCAGUCGCCAGGGGCUCACUGUGACACCUGAAGAUGGGAAUGAGUGUUAUGACAGGGAGAGUUCAAGCUGCAGCUCAGAGAGGCUGUUUCUGAGGAAUGAGAAAUGUGGGAUGAUUAGGAGGCAUGACCAUACACAUACACAAACACAAAUCAUCAGACGGUGGAGAAGAAUUUUCAAAAUAAAGUGCAGGCUUUAGCAAGGGAAAAUGUCAACUUAUAUAUUUCAUUAAAAUAGAGAUAGAAUUUCCCUUUUAUAAAAGUGAUUCAAAUCAGAUUGUAAGAAAAGGAAAUAACUUUCUAAUUCUAAAAUAUAGAACAGCUUAAAUAAUAACUCAUGGGUUUUGAAAUGGGUCAUCCUUUUAAAUGGGUCACUUUGGCUAGAAUCAUUGCUCUCAGUGACUUUCAAAUUGUUAGGGUAGAGUUGUUUCUGAGAACCAAUUGCACUAUAAUCUACAUAUCAGAACAUAGGAUGCGUUAAAAGGAAACUAGGAGCAAUUCAGAAGGAAAUGUUCUCUUAAAGUAACAAAAUGUAUCCUUGUAUAUUUGGAACAUUGUAUAUACUCAACUGAAUAAAUUUUAGCUUUGCAUUUUAUGGGCAAUUCAUGGGGUCGCAAAGAGUCCUACCGGACUGAGUGACUGAUCUGAUCUGAAACUUUUUGGGGGGAAUACUUCCAUAGCCAUUAUUUUAUUCCAUUGUUGAAUAAUCUUGUGAAGAGAAAUAUACAUUGAAUCUAUGUUCCAGAAAUUGGGGAACAGCAAAUUAUUAUAAGAGCUCUGCCAUUAGAUAUAGAAUUUCUGCCAGCAAAGAUUUAGCCCGAACAGUGUAAAUCUAGAAUUUUGUUUUUAUAGUUUGCAUAUAUAAAAGAGAUAGAAGAAUUCAUAUUUAAAGAUAAGCAACUCAAUCAGGUGAGAUGUAAACUCUGAAAAAGCAAAAGUGAUUUCUUUACAUUUAAAUGCUAGAAAUUCAGAGACUGGCUUUGACCAGUAACUUAUUUUUAAGAUUUAUCUUCCAUAGUGAAGAUUAUAACACUAGAAGCCAGUUUUAUUGUUUUUGUUUUUUUAACAGAAAGGAGUGUUCCUCUAAGUCUGCAGGCAAUAAGCUCCCUAAAUUCUAAGUUCAGGGUACUAUUACACAGCUUAAGAUUCCCUGAAAUUUCAUAUUUUAUCUCUUAUUCCUUUUCUACAACUCUUUCAACAACUUUUUGAUUGUGGUCUAAGAAAAGUAAGUUAAAAAGUUGACUCAGUUUUCCUUCUCUAUAUUUUACAGGACCUUACAAUCUUUUGGCUAUGGUAUUUGAAGUGUAUUCUUAAGUGCUUGUGGGAACCAUAUUGUUCUUUCCUCUCAUGGAUAAUGGAAGACCAUGUUCAAUUAGGAAUGAUACCUUUGUUUUCAGUCACAAUAGUGUUUGAGAUGUCUUAAUGGCCAUUAGUAAUCAGAUCAGAACUUUGAAAAACUCAUAUCUAAUAAAAGUUUUUGAGAAGAAUAUUAAGAGUACAGCUCAUCACUUUGAAAGGAAAAUAACCCCUAAAGAAUAUCAGCCAUCUAUUAACUAAACCAUCAUGGUAAAGAUGUAUGAAUAAUUUCUAGAGAAAGGAAAUUAACAUAUAUCAAACACUUGAUCUGGACCACAUUUUGUCAGUAGAUAUCUAAAAUGAUCCUCAGAAAACACUGUUGGUACAAGGUUUAAAGACAAGUCAAGCUCAUGUGACUAGUAAAUGGGAGCACUAGGAUAGAAAUUAUUUUUGUUCACCUUCACACUUGAUUUUUCUAUUCUCUUGCCCGCCUGCCCCCCUGCCCAACGCCCCCCGCCGCCAGAUUCCAGGUUGCACUGGAACAAUUUUUUACUCUGUUAGUGGAUCUACACUGGAAACAUCUCUGAAGCCCUCUCAGCAUCCUGCCUGCCGCCUACCACAGAGUUGCACUUAACUUUCACAAAAAGGACUACACAGAAUAGCUGCGUAAGGCCAAUCCUUGAACUUAAUGAAGGAUGUCAGAGUGGGAGCAUUCUGAUGUGCCAGCGUCAUUCUGCAGUGUGUUCCGUUCUUUUGCGGUCUCCGAAAAAAAUGGUAUUAAAAGAAAAUAUUUUAUGAAAUAAGGAGCUCCUUUUACAUUUUUAAUGACCAACAUGGACAUCUGUUCUACAGAAUACACAGUCCUAUGGUUUUGAAGAAGCAAGCACUCAUUUAAAACUGACCCUAAAUAAAAAUAGACCUGGAUGGACGUCAGAAUGUUUGUUAGUGGCAGGAGAGUAAAAAAAUGGCAGUUUAUUCAGUUAUUUGCCACUUGUUUUGUACUAAGCCUGAUGUUCUUCUGGAUAUCGAUCGAUAAUCACAUCAUGAGCCAUAUGAAGUCCUACUCUUACAGAUACCUCGUAAAUAGCUAUAAUUUUGUGAAUGACAGCCUGUCUCUUAAGCGCAGCGAGGAGGGGGUUCCUCAUUACCAGUACUUGAUUAACCAUGAGGAUAAGUGUCAAACGCAAGAUGUCCUGCUCUUACUGUUUGUAAAGACUGCGCCUGAAAAUUACAAUCGCCGUUCUGCCAUAAGGAAAACGUGGGGCAACGAGAAGUAUGUUUGCUCUCAACUUAACGCCAACAUCAAAACUCUGUUUGUCUUAGGAACACCUUCUGACCCACUGACAAGAGAAAGACUUCAGAGAAGGCUGGUUUGGGAAGAUCAGAUGUACAAUGAUAUAAUUCAGCAAGACUUUGCUGAUUCUUUCUAUAAUCUUACUCUUAAAUUUCUUCUCCAGUUCAGUUGGGCAAAUCGCUUUUGUCCACAUGCCAAAUUCCUCAUGACUGCUGAUGACGACAUAUUUAUUCACAUGCCAAAUCUUAUUGAAUACCUUCAAAGUUUAGAACAAAUUGGUGUUCAAGACUUUUGGAUUGGUCGUGUUCACCGUGGUGCCCCUCCCGUUAGAGACAAACGCAGCAAAUACUAUGUUUCUUAUGAAAUGUACCAGUGGCCGGCUUACCCUGACUAUACCGCUGGAGCCGCCUACGUGAUCUCUGGUGAUGUGGCUGCCAAAGUGUAUGAGGCAUCACAGACACUUAACUCUAGCCUUUACAUAGACGAUGUGUUCAUGGGCCUCUGUGCCAAUAAAAUAGGGAUAGUACCACAAUACCAUGUGUUUUUUUCCGGGGAAGGUAAAACCCCUUACCAUCCUUGCAUCUAUGAAAAAAUGAUGACAUCUCAUGGGCAUGUAGAAGACCUUCAGGACCUCUGGAUGGAUGCCACAGACCCAAAAGUAAAAACAAUUUCAAAAGGUUUCUUUGGUCAGAUGUACUGCAGAAUAAUUAAGAUAGUCCUCCUUUGCAAACUGACCUAUGUGGAUACAUAUCCCUGUAGGGCUGCCUUUGCCUAAUAGUACUUGAAUGUUGUAUUUUAUCACUGUCACUGAGCCAAACCUGGAUAAAGAAACUUUUAAAUGUUUGUC